AUGUUUGCCGAUGGUGAACCCGUGGCUGUUAAGGUGGAGUUCGAUGCGGACGAGUUGAAUCCCCUGGAAGAUAUGGUCGUUGAAUGCGAACCGGACGUGGAUAAAAUUCUGAAGGUGGAGGAAUUAACACUGCGCAGAGAGAGGAGUAAAAGAGGAAAAGAGGAAGACGACACAACAGAAGACCUGGGCUGUGAAGACGCGGAAUCAAACGAAGACGGCGAAGAUGUAUCUCAAGAAGAGCAGAAGACUGAGCAGACGGAGGAAGAUAAUAAACCAAGGAAGUUUUUGAUACCGGGCGUGUUCGAUGAAGUUCCUGUGGUUGGUUUUAGGUGCUGUGGCUGCAAGAAUAAGUUUGAUACUAUAAAAGAUUUGAAGGCGCACGCAUUGACAGCACAUUUCCACAAGAAGCUCCCUAAGGAGCAACUGGAGAAACGAAUGCAGUGCGAUAUUUGCUAUAGAGUUGCUUUGAAAAACCACAAAACAAUAGACACAGUAAAUUUUCGCUGCAAAGCCUGUGGAGACCUGUUCCGGAGUCGUCGAAGAGUGUGUCUCCAUCACGAACGCAUUCAUGGCCGCAAUCCUACAAUUUCUGGCCCAUCAAAAAUUUGCUGUGGCUGUUCGGAGCGGUUCGAAACCGACGAACAACUUAAGGAACAUUCUGUGACAGUUCAUUUGCCGGAGAAACCUCCACCGGAGCCCACUCGACCCUUCAUCUGCAAUGUCUGCUAUCGCAAUUACCCCACGGAUAGGCAUCUGUACGGUCAUCAGUCCCGAAUGCUCAAAGCAACCAAGAACCAUAUGUGCGUCGAGUGUGGUUUAAGGUUCAAGCAUCCUGGUCUGCUGCGGGAUCACGAAAUUACACACACGGGAGAGAGGGCGUUCAAGUGUUCAGAGUGUCCCGCGACAUACAACAGUAAGGAGAGCUAUCGUAAACACAUCAAGCUCCAUAGCGAUCCGGCGAACAAGUACAAAUGUGACAUCACUCAGAAAUAGAACAAACCCAUAGUAGCAUAAAAACAAAUCUAAUUUUAUAUUUACGUAACUUAUACUAAGCGUAGUUUAAAAAGUAAACUAUUCAUAAUUACAAUUUAAUCAACCACCAAAUUCUGCGAAAAUAUUCUACCAGUGUAUUUGCCACUCUGAAAUUUUCUGAGGUCACAUUUUCCGCCGUCUGCUCAGCAUAAAAUUAUCAUUUUUUAUCCCGAAUUUGUUCAGGCGCAUUAAUAACUACUGCGCAAUCGACGAUAUGCAGAAUUAUCUCAGGAUAUACGCUGAUACAGAAGACGAAAGUUAGAGAUGAAUCAGCCUUUUAAACAUGGAAUGCGUCGAAGGUGAAUUGAAUCCCAUAGUAUCGUGAAAUAGGGAACCAAACAUUGAUCGGUCUGCAGAGCACGGAACGGUCGCCAAGCUGGAGCCGAUCGUUGAAAAUAAAUAUGUUAGCUCGGUACGGCAGCUGGUGGUAACCUAGACCAUACGAUUGUCACCACGAACGCAAAAAAGUUACUCUAAAAUGUCAGUUACAAACUUGAUCCAAAACGAUCUCGUUGAACAAAUUCUCGAUCUGUGUGAAAGUCGAGCAAUAACUGCUCUGUCGUGUGCAACCUAAGACCGUCAGCUAGAGCCGUGGAGACAUUUCGAUUCUGGAUCCCAGUAGAACAUCAUAUGGAAGAGCCGAACAAAGGGAAGAUCCAUCAGAUACAGAAGAUUUUGGCCUGAAACUUCUACGGUAGAAGGCUGAAUUUCAGCAUGUAUGUGUAUAAAUCAGCAAGUUGGAACGUAUUGCCCAUCG